UUAGCUCGGAGAAGGAGUUUAGUUGUGACUGGUCUUUAGUGGUUUCUGAGUUGCUGGCUGUGCUGUGGUUGCGCACACGUGUGCAGCAGCCUGAUGGAGCUGCAGGACGUGGGGAGGUUCUGCUGUGUGGUGACUGUCUCAGAUUCUUUUUCUGAACCUGUGAGCUGCAGCGGAGUCAUCGUCCAUCCUCAGACUGGAACAGUGAUCUGCACUGCUCUCCCAUUUGCCCGUUUCAUUUCCCAAAAAGAGCCCCUUUGUGCAAACUGCAGCUUCUUGCCACCGUGCACCUUCAGUAACAGACUGCACAUCAGUGUCAGCUUCUCGGCAUACCGACAUUUAGACACCAACCGGUGUGCACAGGAAGCAUGCACGACCCCGAGCCCGGUGCAGCAGCACCACCGUGAAGCUACAGCCCGGCUGCUGGUGCUGGUCGACUGUUUGGAGUUCAGACACACUCUACAGACUGUUUUCCAAGAGUCUGACCAGUGGCGUUUCCACGGUGAUGAGGAGCUGAUGGAAGAUGCACAGUUCCUCAGCUGGUUUGCUGUGAUCCAGACAGAUGUGACGGAUAACCCCCCAAAUUCAGGGGUCAUCCCUUGGCAGAGCAGCUCCUGUCUUCGUAAAGGCUGCCCAGUCGUUGCAUGCGGUUCGCCUUUUGGCUCUCUCUGCGUAGAUCUCUUCAUCAGCACCCUCAGUAGGGGCAUCGUCAGUAAUCUAGCCGGUGAGGACAACACUGUCAUCCUCACUGAUGCCCGCUGCCUACCUGGCACAGAGGGUGGAGGGCUGUUUGCGUUCACAGGUUCUGACCGUGUGUGCCUCAUCGGGGUGGUGGUCUCCCCGUUUGGCUGGAAGGCCAACGAGUGGAUCGGCCUCACGCUCGUCUGCUCUGUCGACUUCAUCUUCAGAAACGUGAUCCGCUGCGAGACCGUUCAAGAGCCACUCCGAGAUAUGAGGCUUUAUCCCGGAGAAACAGGCAUCCGUAGCUCCGCCGCACACUUGGAGCCAUUGGCCGUUAAAUUCCCCACUGUCUGCUUGGUGGACAGUGGACUGUUCUGGGGCUCCGGUGUUGUUGUCUCCUCACAGCUGGUUCUGACCUGUCGGCACGUUGUUGACGGGAAGUCAGCUGUCACAUUGAAGUUCCAUCACAGGGACAGAUUCCAUGAUGUCGUGGGUGAUGUGCUGUUUUCCACUAAAGCAUCUUCACCGUAUGACCUAGCUGUGGUACAGAUGAAAGACUCAGCGCCUAAAGUUGUGGUUUCACCGCUGGCUCGGUGUUUCUACCCAGGUGAGCCUGUGGUUGUGGUGGGUUAUGGCGGGUUGGGGCAGAGCUGUGGUCCAUCCCUGACCUGUGGCAUCCUCUCCAAAUCCAUCACCUUGAAUUACCAACCUGUCAUGCUUCAGACCACUUGUGCAGUACAUGCAGGAACCAGCGGGGGUGCUGUGGUGCGCACACACUCCGGGGAGCUGCUCGGUAUCGUGUCCAGCAACACAAGGGACUUUGCUGCAAAAGUGACCUACCCACACCUCAACUUCAGCAUCCCGGUCACUGUUUUCCAUGAACUUCUCGAGCACUUUAAUCAUACAAGGGAUGUUGGUGUGUUCACGGUGUUGGACACCACAGAAGAAGAUACCAGGCGGGUGUGGAGGUUACAAAACACUCAAAGCAAAUUAUAAAUGAG